AAUAUUUAUUUUGUAAUCCGAUCUGAAUUUUUACUGAGUUUCUUGCGCAAUAUCAAUCACACCCAGCACUGCCCCACGGGAAGGGAAGCUCGCGAACUAUCAACUACUGUCACCAUGAUGUCUGGCCCGGACAAUGAAUCUCGGGAUCUGCCGUCCAUACCUCCACACAAGAAACGAAAGCACAUCCACGGUGGAGUCCAGCAAUGGUCUGCAUCGCGAGUCGCUUAUCGAAACUGGAUAGUAAGAGCUUCUGGUGGUGAUUAUUGUCGCACUUCUUGUGAAAUGUUUUGGACGGACCAUGUUCUGCGUGGAGGAUCCAUUCCAUCACAAUUUCCAACUUCUUUUAGCGGAAAUAGAGCGGAAACCUUUAAGGCUCGAUUGCGUACGCUGCAUCUAAGCUUGAAAAAUACAGCUGGGUCUGCAUUCGUCCUAUCGGGAAAACUUACUUCCCCUUCUCAUAUAUAUCGCUUUGGAGAACUAAUUGGGUUUCAGAGUUUGCGACGCUUAUCACUACUCCAAAGAGUGCAACAUUCUGCAGAGCCACGAUUGACGCUUCGUCACAUUUGCGUUCGAUCUGAAAAGCCUGAAACUUGCCUGCCGAAGGAAUUUCACAGCGUCUUGUUUGUCACCAGAAAAUUUCAUAGCACCUUCCGUGAUAUCCGUGGAUGCACUCCACCUGAUCAUCCAGUUAAUAAUAACGACUUAUUGAUUUCUACCGAAACCCACCCAUUUAAUAAUCACGUAAUGCGAUUUGCAAGUGCCGGGACAGGAAGAGAAAUUCUGAAGGUUUGGAUCUCCAGUUCAUCACAUCGUUUCGGGGAUCUGGCGUUUUGUCAAGAACCGGACUGCAUCUAUAUAAAGUCUUCACAGUUCUCAUCCCAGUUAAUAGACAGCGAGCAACAGGACGCACGCUUUGUUGUGAUGUAUUGGCAUUUAUAUCCUUUGCGAUACACGGGCGCCUUUGUUGUGAGUGAUUCAGUGUUUGGGAAUGGACUCACAAGUGUCCAGAAUUUUGAAGACACGCUGGUUGUGGGCUAUAAAUCGAAUUCAUACGAUAUUCUGGAAUUGUUCGAUCUGAGACCGUUUUUUGAAAAUUCGCAGGAAUUCAGUAUUAUUUAUGGAGCGCAGUGGGACGAGAUCAAGUAUCCAGAAAGCACAAAUGGAAAUGUAGCAGCUCGCUUUCGUUUGAUAUCGGAAAAUCUUCGUUGUUAUGGCUUUACUGGAUGUGGGAUGCCUUUGACAUACUCUUUUAAAGGAAAACCACCUGUGUUGCGGAAGAUUUAUAACAGCCUACAGUUUUUACGGUUGUCUGUCGACUUGUACCAUCUUAUGACUGCUGACAAGACAGCCAGCGAGUUUUGUUUGACCAAUGCAUCUACUGGACAGCGGGUGGAAGGUUCAGCUUUUCACGGUGGAAGCCAUAGCGGUUGCCCGUCUCUUUUAUUUUACGCAAAAGGGUACCGUUUGGCUUUAUGGAACGGGACUCGCUUGGGUAUAUAUGCUGUACAGCGUUCUGGUCCGGAGAGGAAGCUCGUGAUCGAACAAGAUCGCGACGUGUACCCGGAAAGUGACGGCAUUCAUCAUAAGGUGGUCUCAGUAUAUGCCCGGCAUAGAGAUCCAAGUGUGGUAAUGAUGCCUCAGCAACGUAGGACAUGGGCCUGUGAUCUGGUUUCGCAUUGCUCUGAUUUGGACAUUUUAGUAGUGAUGUUUCACGAAGAUCAAGGAGACACAGUGUGCUGUUUGGUAGCGCUCUUAGAAGGGAGUACGGGAGAUUUAUUGACGGUUUUGAAUUGGCCUGCACAUCCCUUGGCUCCUAUGGCUCACAAUAGUGAAUUCAAGCUGGAUGAGUAUGGCUUAUCUCAUCAUUAUGUCGAUAACUUGGGCGGGCAAGCUCUGCAUUUUUACACAUUAGCAGAAUUAACUCCUGACGAAAACCGUGGUGAUAACUCUUCUCCCGUUUUUGAAGUUUGUCUCCCACCCCGUCCAAUCACACUGCAUCUAUAACCGUGUUCGAUUCGAGGACCGACCGGACAGCGAGUGACCUUUCUUUCCGUCGCUAAUUUUUCCACACUUCCUUCCAUGGUCUUGUUGAAUUUCAAAACUUUGCGAGCACAAUUCAUUAUCCUGGACGGUAUGUUAGUGAAAUAGUGAUUGUUGAGGCGUAUUGUUUGUGUUUUUUCCGCAACUUAUGAGUGGCUGAAUAGUACGAAGUUUUUUUUCUGCACUUACAUCAUACUGCGUCUUUUUCUAUGUCGCGCCAUCUGUUAUUUGAAUGUUUUGCAAGGUUUUUACAUUUUAUUUCUGUUUUUCCACAAUAUGUGAGUGGCGAAGGUCUUUCUGAGUUUACAUACUGCUGUCUUUUUUGGUGCGCAAUCUGUUGUAUGAAUGUUUUGCAAUGUCUUCACAUUUUAUUUGUUUUGUUUUUGCUAUUAUCUCGAAUGUGGCGAGUUAAAAAAUUAAAUCUUUUGGAGUUGUAA